AUACUGAAGCUAAGCUGACUGGUUUGUAAUUCCCCGGGUUGUCCUUAUUUCUCUUUUUAUAGAUUGGCACUAUAACUGCCCUUUUCCAGUCCUCUGGAAUUUCUCCCGUCUUCCAUGACUUUUCAAAGAUAAUUGCUAAUGGCUCAGAUAUCUCCUCAGUCAGCUCCUUGAGUAUUCUAGGAUGUAUUUAAUCAGGCCCUGGUGACUUGAAGACAUCUAACUCUUCUAAGUAAUUUUUAACUUGUUCUUUCCAUAUUUUAGCCUCUGAUCCUAUGUCAUUUUCACUGGCAUUCACUAUGUUUGAUGUCCAAUCGCUACUAACCUUCUUGAUGAAAACCGAAACAAAGAAGUCAUUAAGCACCUCUGCCAUUUCCACAUUUUCUGUUAUUGUCUUUCUCCCCACAUUGAGUAACCGGCCUACUCUGUCCUUCAUCUUCCUCUUGCUUCUAAUAUAUUUGUAGAAUGUUUUCUUGUCACCCUUUGUCUCUAGCUAGUUUAAUCUCGUUUUAUGCCUUAGUCUUCCUAAUUUUGUCCUUACAUGCUUGUGUUAUUUGUUUAUAUUCAUGCUUUUAAUUUGAUCUAGUUUCCACUUUUUGUAGGACUCUUUUUUGAGUUUCAGAUCAUUCAAGAUCUCCUGGUGAAGCAAGGUCUCUUGCCAUACUUCCUAUCUGUCCUAUGCAUAUGAGUAUCUGAAUAUCCACAGGGCUUAAAUAGACACAGACUCCUUGUGUCUCCUGCCUUGGGCUGGUUCCCUCUCCUGAGGGUCUCUGGUUCCCUCCCCUGAGGUUUUCUGUAUUACAGUCAAGAUAUACCACAUUUACUGAGGUUCUCUGGCCUUCUGCAGUGUUGUGACAAGUGGCUUAUUAUCUGCUCUCUGCCCAAGUAAUCAAUGUCCCAUGUUUGGAGAUCCCUAAGUUUAUUCCAGGAGACACACAGCAUGUUUCCCUUCAGUCACUAGGCUUUCCCAUGGGGUCUUCAUGAACAUUUUUCCAUCUUUAAGAAUGAAAUGUCCCUCCUGGAAAGAAAGAGGCUGGAUGGGACCGGGUGGGAUGUUCUCUCUGGGAAAUGGUUAAUGGAGCUAUAACAAACUCUGAUAAUCACCCCUUUCCAUCCUAUGAGCAAGACCCUACCCCUGCCCCCCCCCCGCCCCCACCACCUCACCAGACCUCAUUUCCCACAUGGACCAAGGGGAGGAACCCAGUGCCCCAGACCCUCAAGAUCCUUCAGAAAAGGAGACAAUGAGCGACUCCCACACAGCACAGGGAAUGACUCACAUCUGGAUUCAGAAGGGAGCUGAUGGGUUCAGCAGGGAGAAUGAAGAUGAGAGACCUCAGCAGGAAAGUCCCGAGCGAAUGGAUCUGCAUGGGAUGUUCUCAGGAAGCACCAAAGGGGAAGUUUCCCAGAAUCAUGAAAAGGAAAAAGCUGGUGAGAGUCAGUCUUAUAAAUGCCCUGACUGUGGGAAAAGCUUCCACUGGAGCUCACGCCUUGCCAUUCAUCGGCGAAUCCACACAGGAGAGAAGCCACAUAAGUGUGCCGACUGUGGGAAAGGCUUCAAUUGGAGGGCACAGCUUAUCACACAUUGGAGAUGCCACACGGGAGAGAAACCCUUUACAUGUGAGGACUGCGGGAAAAGCUUCAUGCGGAGCUCCAUCCUUACUGAACACAAGAGAAUACACACGGGAGAGACACCUUACAAAUGCGACUAUUGCGGGGAAAGAUUUUCCUGGAGCUCAGCCCUCGCUGUACACAAGAGAAUCCACGUGGAAGGGGAACCCUAUCGAUGUAAAGAUUGUGGGAAAAGCUUCUGUGUGAGCUCGGAUCUUAAUAAACAUAGAAGAGUGCACACGGGAGAGAGACCCUAUAAAUGCCCUGACUGUGGGAAGAGCUUCAGAGUGAGCUCAAACCUCACGGCACAUCGGAGGAUCCACACCGGAGAGAGACCCUAUAAAUGCCCCGAAUGUGAGCAAAGCUUCCGGCAGAGCUCCACCCUUCUUAAACAUCAGAGACUACACUUACAAGAGAGGCCCUAUAAAUGCCUUGAGUGCGGGCAAAGCUUCUGUGUCAGCUCAGCCCUGACAGUUCAUCAGAGGAUCCACACGGGAGAGAGACCUUACAGAUGCAAAGGCUGUGGGAAAAGCUUCAGUAACAGCUCAUCCCUUGUCACCCACCAGAGGAUCCACACAGGAGAGAAACCCUAUAAAUGCCCCGAUUGUGGGAAGAGUUUCAGCCAGCGUUCGGCCCUGUCUGCGCACAGGAGCAUCCACAGAGGAGAGAGACCCUAUAAAUGUGACUGUGGGGAAAGCUUCAUUGUGAGUGCUGACCUUCUCAAGCAUCAGAGAAUCCACACGGGAGAGAAACUCUACAAUUGCAAAGACUGUGGGAAAAGCUUCUCUCGGAGCACCAACCUUGCUGCCCACAGGCGGAUCCACAGGGGAGAGAAACCUUAUAAAUGCCCUGACUGUGGGAAAAGCUUCACUGGUAGCUCAACCCUUAUUACACAUCAGAGACUGCACACAGGAGAGAGACCCUAUAACUGCUCUGAUUGCGGGAGAAGGUUCAGUCAGAGCUCAGCCCUUACUAAGCAUCGGAGAAUCCACACAGGAGAAAGACCCUAUAACUGUUCUGACUGUGGGAAAAGCUUCACCAACAGCUCCCAUCUUAUUAGACAUCAGACAACCCACACUGGAGAGAGUCCCUAUAAAUGCCCGGAAUGCGGGAAAAGAUUCAGGCAGAGCUCGGCCCUUCUGAAACAUCGGAGACUCCACAUGGGAAACACUGUAAAUGUCGACUUUACAGAGAAUGCUCAGACCACCAGUGAAGCCAGGUGGGAUGGGAAUCCAUUGUACGACGACAACAAGGGAGGGGGGGAGGGGGGGAGGUCAGCAUGCCGGGGUUCUUCCCAGCUCUGGAAAAGAAAGCCCCAGUCCCUGCCCGGGACGUGCUGCAGCCCGGGUUGGUAUCCACGGGCACAGGAAGAGGACAGAGCAGCCGCAGCAAUCAAAGGCCCUGCAGCUUGUUGCAAGAUGUUUCUGCUGCUCUUGCUGCGCCUGCCGACACCAGCCCCUGCAGGGGAGAUGCCAGGCUGCAGAAUAAUGUCCGUGUUUCACUCCGGAUCAUCCCAUCCUCUUGGGGGACGGGAAAGGGAAAUGACUGCAGUAGCGGCGGCUCAGGAGCCAGUGACCUUCGAAGAAGUGGCUGUGUAUUUCACCGAGGAGGAAUGGGCUCUACUGGACCCGAGUCAGAGAGCCUUGUACAGGGACGUCAUGCAGGAGAAUUAUGAUAAUGUGACCUCGCUGGGAUUUCCGAUUCCCAAACCUGAAGUGAUCUCCCAGCUGGAACGGGGAGAAGAGCCGUGGCUCACGGAUCUCCAGGGCUCAGAGGAAAGGGGAAUCCUGAGAUACAGCCACGCAGCUGAUGGGAUCAAGAAUGAGCAUGAAGAGGUGAAUCCUCAGCUGGGAGAUCCUGAGCAAGUGAAACAGCAUGGAACACUAUUAGGAAGAUCCAAAGGAAACAUCUGUUGGAGUAUUGGGCAAGAAAAAACCUGUAAGAGUCAGUGUAGCAAAGAGAGGCCACUGGGAAACCAGCAGGUGAAGAAAGUGGAUAAAUCCACUAAUUGUGGGAGAGGUCUGAAGCACCUCAAGAAAACCAGAGUCCAGAGAAUCCACAUGGGAGAGAGACCAAGCACAUGCAGUGAGUGUGGGAAAAGUUUCAGUAGUCAUUCACACCUUCUUAUACAUCAAAGAAUCCACACAGGAGAAAAGCCAUAUAAAUGCCCCCAGUGUGGGAAGAGCUUCAACCAGAGCCCAAACCUUGUUACACAUCUAAGAAUCCACACUGGAGAGCGACCCUAUAAAUGCCAGGAAUGUGGGAAAAGCUUCACUGCAAACUCCACCUUUAUUAAACACCAGAGAAUCCACACAGGAGAAAAACCCUAUAAAUGCCCUGACUGUGGGAGAAGCUUCAAUCAGAGCUCAGACCUUAUUAGACAUCAGAGACUCCAUACAGGAGAGAAGCCCUUUAGCUGCCCCGACUGUGGGAAAAGAUCCAGUGACAGCUCAGCCCUUAUUGUACAUCAGAGAAUCCACACGGGAGAGAGACCCUAUCGAUGCCCUGUCUGUGGAAAAGGCUUCACUUGCUCUUCACACCUGAUAACGCAUCAGAGAACCCACACAGGAGAAAAACCAUAUAAAUGUCCUUACUGUAGGCAAAGGUGUCGUGUAAAAUCAGCCCUUAUUAUACACCAGAGAAUCCACACAGGAGAGAGACCCUAUAAGUGCCCUGACUGUGGGAAAACCUUCAGCAGCCGUUCCCAUCUUAAUUCUCAUCAGAGAAUCCACAAGAGAGAAAUGCCUUGUAAAAACCCUGAGUGUGGGAAAAGCUGCACAGAAAGUUCACCCCUUAUUAUGCAUUAGGAGGAGAACUGAAUAAUUGCCCUGACUAAGUUUAGCUAAGAACUUGACUACGCCUGAAAUAUAUUUUGGAUUAUGUUUGUCCACUUUAAUCCGGAAUAACUAUCCUGAAAGCAGUUCUACCACACUGCUUUGUUAUGCCAGUUUAAGCUCCUCCCCUUUUGAAUAAUUGAAUCCACACAGUGCUGCAUUCUGGGCAGAUGUACCAUGCUACUAUGUUCUGCCGCUUGGCUCUGUGUAUUCUGGGAUUUUCUCCUGAUACAUUGUGGGAUAGCUACCCAAAGCCACUGGAAUUCUGGGAUUUGGGGUCAAACUAACAGAUUUCAGGAUUACUCUCAUGUCAUCCCAUCAUUCAUCUGGCUUUUGUGAGCCAGCACCAUUUUCAAGCCUCUGGCAGGCAGCAUGAAGGGAACAUGUGACCCUGACAAUCAUUAACAUGAACAGGCCUAUGCACAGGUAUUGGCGGUCAGGCAGCUGGGUGGGUGGCUUUGGAUGCCUUGAGAGACAGCCAUGGUCGUGCUGCACCAAUAUGGGUGACGCAAAUAGAAGACGAGGAGGACGAAAGCAAGCAGUUACUUCCGCAAGACCAUUUUCUGGAACAUUUCCUCAGUAGUCUGUUUCUUCUGGGCUUGCCCAGUAAGCAGUGACUUGUGGGACAGGAUAGUCAUGCAGACCAAGGAUGACUAGCAAUGGUGGCAGAACUUCAGAAUGACAAAGGCCAUGUACCUUGAAAACUGUGCAGAGCUGGCCCAUGAGCGGAAGUGGCAGGGCACCAACUGGAGAGUUCCCUUCAGCAUAAAGUGUUGUGGUCUUCAGUAUCUGGAAGCUUGCUAAUCUCCCAAUGGCUUCUGGGCAACAGCUAACCAGUUCAGUGUUGGUAAAUCAACUAUUGGGGCUGUCAUAGAAUCAUAGAAUUGUAGGACUGGAAGGGACCUGAAGAGGUCAUCUCGUCCAGUCUGCUGCACUCACAGAAGGACUAAGUAUUAUCUAGCCUGUCCCUGACACUUGUUUGUCUAACCUGGUCUUAAAAACCUCCAAUGACGGCGUUUCAACUAUUCAGAGGGUACUGCUAGGCCAGGUCCUAAAGCGUGGCAGAACACAGGAAGUUAUUGAAUAAUUUGAAAGGCUGGGGCUCCUGAAUUGUUUUGGGGCCACUAAUGGUACCCAUAUGCCUAUUGUUUGCCUCCCUGUACCAGAUCUCAGAGUUUGUCAACAGAAAAGGAUAUUUGGGCACGAUGCUGCAAGGUCUGGUUGAUCACUGUGGAAAAGUUUGACCAGUAUUAAUGUGGGAUGGUCUGGAAAGUUCCACGACACCAGUGUUGUUCGACAUUCAAGCCUUCUUUUUGGCAACGAGGCCGGAACUGGUGCCAUGUGCUGCUACGGAUAUUUAUCAUGUGAUUCCUCCUGUCACUCUGGGAGACCCAGCUCGUCCUCUGCUUCCCUGGCUGAUGAAUCCUUUUCCUGGACACUUGGAGAGGAGAAAGGAGCUCUUUAACUUACACCCCGAGUAGCUGCAGAAUGACAGGGGAGUGGGCAUCUGGAAGACUGAAGGGAAGGUGGAGGUGCCUUGUGACAAGGCUGGAGGCUGCUGAGCAAUAUCUGCCUCAUGUGACAUGUGCAUGCUGCAUUUCCCACAACAUCUGAUGUUGGCGAGAGGUGGAAGUAGAGAAACUCUGUGAAUGUUAUGAACAGCCACAGAGGCUGCCUCUGCUAAAUGCCACAAUUGGUCAGGGACACAUCGUCAGGGAUGUAUUGUUCUCUUUCUUUAAGGCGAAGGGGUAGUGGGGAAAAAUGUAUGUAACUUUGUGGUAGGAUUUUAAUUUUUUUUUAUGUAGGAUUUUAUUGUGCUUUGUGUGGGAUUUUAUGAAACUUCAGUUGUAAAUAAAUAACAGAUAGCCGUAAAUAAAAACCUUUGUUGAAAACAGCCCGGCACAAAUUUUGAAACAAUAAAACUGUGGCAGACAUGC